AUGUUCGAGUGCAUCUGUAAGAAUAGUUACUCUGGAGAAUUUUGUGAAAAAAGUAAGUUUAAAUUAUUAAAUUUGAUGCAAGAUUCGCCAUUGCGCUGCAUGUCUUUAAAGUAUCUGCAGAUUUUCCUUAAGUUUAUUUUAUGGUUAAAACAGCCUUUACAGAAUUUUAUCCACGUAUUUUUCCCCACUCCUGGGCAUAGUUCAUCUGAUGGUACAAAAUAAAAAAAACAAACAAACAAACAAAAAAACCGGUAAUUUACCAAAUAUCCUAUAGCUAGAUUCAUUCCUCUCUUUUUUGUAUUUUGUAGUAUUUCCAGCCGUUCAGCUUCAGAACUGCUCUCAAGCUCCCAAGAAAACUGGGAUUUACAACAUUUUCAAUCACGGAUCAGGGCCUUUCCCUGUCUACUGCGACCAGACAACGGACGGUGGAGGUAUGUGUCACACUGAUCAUGAAUUAGAUACUUCAGUGGUUUUCGUAGAAGGUCACGAAAACCUCCCGAUUUAAGAUGCUGUAGUUCCUAGGUGGAUGAUUUUCCGUCCCUUUCUCACUGUCUCACAAAUAGUCAAUGUUGAUACCUAAACAGUCAUUACAAGAUAAAUCAGCGCAUUGGAGACAGUCUCGCCACCAAAAAUCUGAAGUUUAUAGCAAGGUUUUUAGGCACGGUUCAACUCCUUAAAUCGCUUUGUUUGCUGCGCGCCCGUUUUUUUCCUAUUCCUAUUCAAAAUUGCCCGACAUAGACUUCAUCCUGUUCUUUCCGUCCUUUGCGUCACUCGGCAGCAAACUUUAGUGUCAAAAGAGAAUAGUCACAAUGUAACAUCCAGUUAUUGAGGCGGAAAAAAACAAGAGAAUGUUAUGAAGUAGGCAGGUUUUAGUAUUUAGGACUGUUUCAGUUUGAAACUGUUUCUAAAUGUAAAAAUUUCAUGUUUUUACUUUUACAUAAAUUUUAAGACCACUAAAGGGUAAGCUGGAACAAAUUAACGCGAGUCAAGAGCGGUUAGAAAAUAAACUAAAAAUCGCGUUUAAAUCGCUGUUUCAUGGAGAUAAUUCAAAAUUGGAAAAUUUGGAUUGCAAGAAGCUUACAAUUUCUAAAAACCACUUUUUUUGGUUCUUUAAUCAAGGUUGGAUGAUGAUAUUCAAAGCUAUUGGUGGAAUAAAUUCUUCAUUAUCUUCUGGGGAUUUCUGGAAUUCAUCCGACACAUUUUCAGAAAAUGUUACCGCUGCCCUAGAUACCACUUCAUCCUACCGAGGAAACUACAAAAACCGUAUUGUACAAAGUUGGCAAAUGUUCAGUCCUAAAGAGGUAAAUACCGCUUCACACGCUGUGCUGACCUAAUGGGUUACAUCUUCCUAAAUAGGGUAUGAGUUAAGUGUAGAAAACUCAACACAGCGGUUGGUCAAGUGUGGGGCAUGCGCAGAUAGAUGAUGUAUGACCGGCUGCGCGCUAAUUUCCCGCUCAACAGCAAUCUGCAAAAGGAAGUAAAGUAAAGAAAAGGAAACUUUAAGACUUAUUAAAACAUAAGGGGAUAUUUGAUUUCGGGUAUUCCGUUGAUUUAGUUUUGUUUGGUGCUUUACCAAAGCUGUUAUACACCUUCACGGUUUGAACCCUUUAACCCCUGAGAGUGACUAGUAUCUAAUUUCUCCAUAGAAAAUCACUCCACAAUGGCACAUUAAGGUCAUGAGAAUAAAAGAAAUGAUCAUCAACUAAAGAAGCUCUUGAUUUUUAAACAAAUUCUCCUCGUUAGCACCUUUGGAAAUGUAGAGAGAACUUUAUGGAGAAUAUGCAUACUGAUGUUAGGGUGUAAAAGGGUUAAAUAUCGUAGCCUACAGGUUUUUGUGGUUUUUUUAGCCUGAAUUAACUACAUCUGUGUUGGGCCGCCUCUUAAGACACUUUUUAACAUCGUCUCAAUUCCUGCACAUGUGGAGACAUUUUAUACUUGUGGUUAACUAAACCCAGAAUUUCGUUUCGUGAUCGUGACAGGUUUCUGCUACCCUGCGAGAGUUGAUUAUCUUGACAAAGAGCCCGGCGAAAUGACCCAAGCCGAGGCUCGAACUCAAACUUUAAGUCUUGCAUGAAGAAAGUGUUUGUUCCCUUCUAAAGUUGUUGCCCGGAAAUUUUAAGUUUCUAAAAUGGUUAUAGAUGUUACACUCUGCGUAAUUACACGUUGCAUUCUUGGCUAAAAGGCAACGCGUUUCUCGGUUUGUAAUGAGCAUCGAAGUAACACAGGGUACUAUUUGACUACUUUUGUCUUGAGACCUGUGAAAUGUGGGAAUGGCUAGGCUAGGCUCCCUUAACCCUUGAAGUGAUUAACAUGAAACUUCUCCCCAUAAUAUCCAUACAUUAUCUAGCAAACUGGUGAUGAGAAUACUCAAAUCUAUCAGGAAUUGUUAUCUUUAACGCUCGAAACGUCAGCUUUGAAACUCUUAACGGUGGCCACUUCACGUCAUCAACUCGGUUGAUAUUACCAAAUUACCUUGUUAUACUCUCGCACCGACGCAGCACCACGGUUUGUACAGAAACUUUACCCCCUUUAUUCAUUUAACCCUUCAACCCCACAAGUGACCAAGACAGAAUUUCUCCUUACAACAUCAAUACAAUAUCAAGCAGGUAGGUGAUGAGAAUAGAGAAUAUCAAUUAUGGGAUUAUUAGUUGAUCCAAUACUAAAUUCUCUGAACUAACAUCAUAAGAAAGAAUUGUAUGGCAGAUAGCAAAGAGAAUCACUAAUUAGAUCUUGGGAGUAAAAGGGUUAAAGAUAUAUUUUUUAUGUCACUGUAGGCUCGUGUAGCACUUUACACAAAUGGGACCGAAGUCGUGUCUAUCAUAUUCAGUGCAAAAGGGACAACACACUUGAACUGGUUUUCACAAAAAAAUCUUAUUCAAUCACCAUGGAUUGAUCUUAGGAACGCAAAAACAUAUUUCCCUUUCACAUCAAUGGCCACUAUAAGGUGCGCAGCUUUGAAAUUACUGCCAGCUACGGGGGAUGUGAGCUAG